AUGGCGAAGCCGAAACUGCUGACGCUGAGGCGUAAGCUGAAGCGAGUUGCCGUGCUGUUGAUUCUCUUCAUUGUGGCCACGACUGUUUUCUCUCUGAGGUUUGACACCGCUGCCGAUGAUGACGCGCCGGAGCCAAACAACCCCCGCCAUUCGCGAGCCGCUGCAGUGGACGACGUAGCACUUGCUUACAUCCCACGCAGUGUUGUGGAUACGUGGAGCCGGCGGGAGUACCUGAUUGUGCUGGGCAUUCUCUCCCCGGACGAAGAAGUGAGGCGAAGACGACGCAAACUGCAGCGGUCGACGUGCUGGCGGUUCCCCGGAGUGGCGACGAGGGCGAACGACUUCACCGGUGCGAUGCUCGUGCUGUACGUUAUUGGGCGACACCCGUCGCACGGCUACGACUACUCUGCCGCGCUGCUGGAGGAGGCGGCGCAGUGGAACGACGUGGUUGCGCUGCCAAUGAACGAGGGCCUCGUGUCUCCAGGAAAAAUAGCGGGCGUUGGUGGAGAAAUUGGGACUGAGGCGGAGAUUGGUAUGAGCCAAAAGGUGUACAUGUGGUUUGACCUUGCGCUCCGUCUGUUUCCGACCGCGAGUUACAUUGCGAAGGGCGAUGACGACAUGUUUCUCCGUGUGCCGCUGUUCGUUGCUCACCUACGCCUUCUGCCGCGCCGAGGGGUCUACAUGGGCGCUCAUGUUGGAAGAGGAUUUCAGGUGAAUAAACGCAUAGUGGGCGUGUCGUUUAUGGUUGGCUGGUGCUACACUUUGUCGAGGGAUGUGGCGGAGGCGUUGGUGUCGUACAAGCCUCUGAGGCGCCUGGCGCACCUGCCGUACAGUAAGGAGCGUCAGGAGGAGUUUUUAUCAAUUGGUAUGGGUCAGGAGGACAUGAUGGUUGGGUUUGUGUUGGUGAAUGAGGUGCAGUACAAGCCGUUGAUAUACGUCAAGGUGCUGCCCUGUCACUUUUACAACAUCCGCGAUGACUCUGGGGAAUCCCAUGUGGUGCCGACCUCGAUUUGUGUCCAUCACUUACGGGAGGAAGAAUACACUGCGCUCAUGGCGCGCUUCGGCAACGACACAUCGCCUGUUGCCCGUGUGGAACGGGUCUCAGAAGACGUGAUAUACCCCUGUUGCGAUUGA